AUGAGAGCGCUGGGCCUCAACGCAACGACCGCAGAGGACGACGAGGAGCCGAUUCAGCAUCAUGCAGAGCGCCACGAUCUGUACGAGCCCAGCCCGAUAGACAUUGCCGUGGUCAGGGCCAUGCUGUGCCGCACCAAGAAGCUGCCGCCGGACCUGAUUGACGCCAUCUUCGACUUUGCCGAGUACUGGGCUCACUCAACCACGCAGCUGCACGAGAGCAUCAGCAUCAUGGGCGGCAACCCAGACCGGGAGGACAGAUUUCUGCUUCGAUCGUAUCCGCUCGGGCUGGUGAGCGCCGGAGCUCGGCAAAAUGCCAACGACCAGCCAUACACCACGGCCCUGCCGACUCCUCGUCCGCUGGGCGAGAGCCUUGAUGCCAGCUUCUUCGCCAAGUCGGCCAAGUACCCUGUGCCGCGCCUAACUCACCCCGCACGAAAGGUGGUGUUUUCGUUUCGAAGCCAGGACCAAGGAUGGGUCACCAGCUCCUCAGACGCCCAGGACCCGUAUUCGAAAUCGUGGACGUGGUUUGACGCGGGAUUGGAGAGGUUUGACGCAUCCGGUGCUGAAGAUGGAUCAAUACCCUCCGUCGACUCGCUCCGGCCGCUUCAUCCUCAGAUUCGGCAGACAUCAUCUGAUCCAGCCGGCUACAACUACACUCACAAGCUACUGCAUUCACCUGAAUGGGAGAUCCAAAGGAACAAGACAGCUUUCGGAAAGUGGCAAGAUCACUCCAUCACGUGGUCUUACCUGGACGACAUUGCACCUGAUUCCGAAGGUGGCCAAGCUCUCGUGGCAAAGGGCAGAGGUCGUGAGACAGGCGAUGGAAAGUUUGUGAGAGGACUGCAGGUGGGCGACGUCGUGACGGUCUGGGGCAGGGCGAGAUUUGGCGGGUGGGCGAACAGGAUCGAGUCUGUGCGGAUUGACGUAUACUGGGCAGUGUAG